AUCUACACCGACGAAAUGUUCCGUAGGAGAUUCCGGAUGUCAAAACCUUUAUUCCUUCGAAUUGUGUCAGAGCUCAGUAAUUGGGAUCCUUUUUUCACCCGAAGAGUGGAUGCAACUGGUAGAGAUGGACACUCACCCCUUCAAAAGUGUACUGCAGCUAUUCGAAUGCUAGCAUAUGGCUCACCGGCUGACCAACUUGAUGAGGUAUUGAAGAUUGCAGCGAGCACAUCUUUAUUGUGCUUAGGAAAAUUUGCCCAAGGAGUGAUAGAGUGCUUUGGUGCGGAGUACAUGCGCCCUCCGAGAAGUGAUGAACUUGAAAAAAUUCUACAAGAUAAUGAGUCCCGUGGUUUUCCGGGUAUGAUAGGAAGCAUUGACUGUAUGCACUGGACGUGGAAGAAUUGUCCUAAAGGUUGGGCCGGCAUGUUUACUCGUGGUGAUAAACGUGUUCCUACUAUGAUCCUUGAAGCAGUUGCAUCACGAGAUCUUCGCAUAUGGCAUGCAUUUUUUGGUACUGCUGGGGCCUAUAAUGAUAUCAAUGUGCUGAAUAAGUCACCGCUAUUCAUUGAGGCGAUAAAAGGAGAAGCCCCUAGAGUACAAUAUAUUGUAAAUGGAACGCAAUAUGACACAGGAUACUAUCUUGCUGAUGGGAUUUAUCCAGAGUGGGCUGCCUUCGUGAAGACAAUAUCAAAACCUCAAACAGAGAAGCACAAAUUAUAUGCACAACAUCAAGAAGGGGCAAGGAAAGAUGUCGAGUGCGCAUUUGGUGUCCUGCAAUCUCGUUUUGAUAUUGUUAAACGUCCGGCACGGUUAUGGAAACGGGAUGAUGUUGUUAACAUCAUGCAAGCUUGUAUUAUCCUCCAUAAUAUGAUAGUCGAAGAUGAGAAGGAAUUGGUCAAAAUUCCAUUGGAUUUGAAUGACAAUCCGAGUGCAACAAUUGUGCUACCACCGGAAGUGAGGACAAGUGAUGAUCCUAACCCAUGCUUCGUAGAGGUACUUCGGAGAAACAAGGUUAUCCGUGCUCGCUCUACACACAAGCAGCUCAAGAACGAUUUGGUUGAGCAUAUUUGGCAGCGUUAUGGCCGCAAGGAAAACUAG